CUUUCCAGCUAAACACCGAUAAGACUUCAUACAACUCACAAUAUUCUAUACUGUGAUCAUCAUAAACAGCCAAGGCUGCCUAAAAGAAGACAGUGAUCUCAUAUUUGGCUGGUAGCUUUUUCAGCUUUCUCUUGACGGCUUAAAACUUCAGGCUUCCUGCCUUCCUGGUAUCAUGGAUAAAGUCCAAUACCUCACUCGCUCUGCUAUUAGAAGAGCUUCAACCAUUGAAAUGCCUCAACAAGCACGUCAAAACCUUCAGAACCUAUUUAUCAAUUUCUGUCUCAUCUUAAUAUGCCUCUUGCUGAUUUGCAUCAUCGUGAUGCUUCUCUGAAGUUCUGCCACAAUCUCCAGUGCUACAAUUUAUCACCAUCAGCUUAAAAUCUGUCAUCCCAUGAAGAAGGGAAACAAUACUAUAUAAGAGACCACUUCCUCAGCAGAAAGUUCUUUAUGAAAAGGUCAAGAUUUGGAAUGAAACAAAUUGUUAGCAAAUGUAUUCAUCUGCUGGAUCUUGUAAACAUGAAAAGGGCUUUAUUUUCAGAAACUAACUUUAAAAUGACUAUAAGUGUGCAUAAUGCAACUGUUGAUUUUCUCAACAGAGCUUAUAAAUUUCUAUCCCAAAUCUUUUCUGAGGAUGAACUAGGGGUUUAGUUUGGAAACUGCACUGCUAACUAGUUCACGUCAUAUAUAAAGCAUUAGCUUCACUCUUUGGGGUAAAUAUAAUUUAUACUGUACUGU